AUGUUAAAGCAGCAACAAGAACCGAGGAUGCGUGACCAUCAUCACACGCAGCUGCUAGACAUAGCCCCGGAUGCCUUCGCAGAGGACCUAAAAUGGUUGCUGGAGGGUGUGGAUGCGCCGCAAGCGCUGGAAGAUCUCGAGCCCUGGCGUAAUACCAUUGUUAAGCGAUACUUCGAACCCGCAGAAGAGCAGGAGCCAUCGCAGCCGGGACCAGCCGUAAUCGAUGUGGAGAAUGAAGCAGAAGAUGAGUCCGAAGUUGAGUUCCGCGUCAUAACUCAACUCAACUCCAUCAUCAGUCGGGUGGACUUAGCGCGCCAGCAAUGGCAGGAUGAAGUGACGGAGGCGUUCCUCGCUCACGAGGAGGAGAUAUCGGAGUUCUCAACAGACAUGAACUACUGCGAUUCUACCAUCAAACUCAUAGAAGAGGCGCUCACCAAACAUUACAAGAGCCUAGAGGCCGCAUCGACGUACAUUAAAAAUCUGCAUACCGAAUCAUCGGCACUAUCGGCUUGCCUCGACAACAGACAGGCUUUUCUAAAGGCUGUGCAAGGUUACCUCGACGAUAUCGCAGUGUCGCCGUCUUUGAUCAAGGCGAUAUGCCACGAACCCAUCGGGGAAUCGUACGUCAGGCUUCUGGAACAAUUCCAGGCCAAGGUGCACAGAAUGAAGACGCUGUAUGACGGAGCGCCGUACCCGUCGCUGCACCCUUCUAAAAUACAGAUGAAGAAGCUGGAGCUUGUUAUAGUAGGGCGUAUAUACGACUUCAUGAGGCUAGAAAUCGCGAAACUGGCAACUCCAAAGGCAAAUCUGCAGAUGAUACAGAACACAAACUUCCUACGACUAAGGCCAUUAUUCGCGUAUGUGAGGGAUACUAAUGCUAAUUAUGCCAACGAAAUCAAAAACCAAUAUGCGAAGACGCUUCGCAAGAUAUACUGCCAUCUCUUCUCAAGCUAUUAUGCGGCGCUCGAGAGGUGCCGGAGAAAAAAUCGCUACAGAGAUAUCGGAGUGUUUAUGAAAAGGUCCACGAAAACGCCAACAGGGUAUUUCCUCUUGGACGACAGAGAUCAACUGGUGAUCAACUUCAAGGAUGAUCCCAUUGUGCCCACUGGUUUGGAACUGGAGAGCCUGGGGUUUGAGGAGAUUUUUAAAUCAUUCCUAAAGCUGUUGGUGGAUACGGCAUUUAGUGAGUUUGUGUUCAUCAGCCAGUUCUUCGAACAGGGGGUGACCUCCAUGUUCACCUACAUAUUCGAGGAAACGAUGCUACACCUGCGAGCCCGUGUGGAGACUUUAGUUAAGUCCUCAUAUGAUGUCGUCAUGCUCAUCACACUCACACUUCUAUUUGCAGCAAACAGGCAGGUGAUGCAAAAUCGUGGGGUUACACUGCUAGAUGAGACACUUGGCAAGUUGCAAAACGACCUCUACGCGCGAGCUAUGCACCACCUCAAGAACAUGGCAAAGCAUGUCAUGUCGUGCACCCUGCAGGCAUCUUCAAGUACGCUGGAUAUGUGGCUACCGGGGGCGCACUCUGUCAAUCUUUCAAACCUCGUAUAUUCGGUACUGCGACUCAAGGGAACGCAGGAUAAGCUGGGAAUCACGCCUAUAACAUUCGAUUCGCUGGACCACCUCAUACAUGUGACGGUAUCGGCGUUGACUCUGAGAGGACGGAAACUAAGCAACACCACUAAGCUGAAUGUUUUUGUAAUCGCAAACUGUGUGGCAUUCCUUCACCCACUCCAGGAGUUCAAGGAAAGCGUCGUCGAAUUCGAGCAGCCACUGAAUAAGCAUAUCGAGUCGUACGUCAGUGGAUACGUGGGUGUGCAGUUUGAAAACAUCAUCAACCUUGUAAAGUCCAUUAAGCAUGCACCAGAGUCAAAUCCACAGAAUUCAGAACGAACCACUUCGGCUGGAGAAGAGACUGAGACACAGGAUCCAGAUGCUUCUGAUGAUGCGACGAAGAUUGACCACGAAACCGUUGACAAGUGGCGCACAGCAGCCGAUGAAUUCGUUCAGUCGGGAAGGGAGAAAUUCAAAGCCAUCACAGCCAAAGUAGAGCUCCAUUUUGCACAGGAAGCAGCUGUGGAACGAGUUAAUGACGCCGUCCUGAAGGCUAUAGACGAUAUAUAUGCUGAAUUUUAUACUAAUCUCGCAUCGUUUAUCGACGCAGGAAACCGGUAUUUGCUGGAAAAUCUGCCAAAAAGUACGAAAAUCGCCGAAUGGCUUACGACUAACCAUGAUUAA